AUGAUUUUUAUAUUAGGUCAAGCAGGAGUUAAUCAACUUGGUGGUGUUUUUGUUAAUGGUCGUCCAUUACCUGAUCAUGUUCGUCAACAAAUUGUUGAAUUAGCAUUACUUGGAAUUCGUCCAUGUGAUAUAUCAAGGAAAUUACUUGUUUCACAUGGUUGUGUUUCGAAAAUUUUAACAAGAUUUUAUGAAACAGGUUCGAUUCGACCAGGAUCAAUUAAUGGUGGAAGUGGACGGCAUUCAAAAAAUGUUGGUAUUUCAUCAUCAUCACAUAAAUCAAUUGACAAUAAAGAAUUAUCAUCAACUCGGAAUUAUCGAUCAUUUCCAACAAGUUCUAAUCAUCUUCCAUCAAAUCCAUAUUCAACAUCACGAUAUUUUUCAUUUCACCAUUCUAAUCCAUUUUUUUUUCAACAUCGGCCGCCACCACCACCACCACCGCCACCACUUAAUCCACCAUCAGAUGAAAUUGAUGAAUCUAAUGAAUCCGACGACAAUGAUGAUGAUGAUGACGAUGAUAAUAGUUCAAUAUUAUCAAUAGAACCAAAACCAAAUUCAUCAUCAUCAUCACUUAUAAAACAUUCAAUUGAAAAUAUUUUAUCAAAUAAAGUAACAAUAAAAACUAAACGACCAUUAUCAUCAUCUUCAAAUUCAUCACAUGAUGAACAAACAACUAACAAACGUCGAAAAUUUAUUGCAUGUUAA